UGGCCAUAUCUAUUGAACACCGUUAUACUUCAACAGCUUGUGUUGUGUUGCUUUUUUGAGCAAAGAGAAAAGAUAAGAUUAUGUGCGUUCCUUUAUGUUGUUUGCAUUGUGCGUGAAAUGAAUGGGUAAUGCAUUUAAAAAACUUGACAGUUGUUUUGUCAUUUGGACGGAUAAUUCACAGUUUCCUAGGACGUGUUCACUCUCUACGCGAUUUAGUUCACAGUAGUUUAUGUCAGAACAAAAUUCUCGACGAUCAGCAGGGUUGCAGAUGUGCUCACAGUACACAUUUCAUGAAAAUGGAAACAAUUAGCUCAAAGGUACCUUUUUGUGCGGAUAUCAAAAAAUGCGACGAUAGCAAAGAUAAAUCGGCCUUCAUUAACUUCCGUGGAAAAUACACAUCCUCUCUAUCAUCUGAUUGCAAACCUUGGAAAAUAAAGGACAUCGCCUUGCUUUCUGUUGGAUACUUUGCUAUUCUUGAUUCUGCUAACACCAGACUAAAAAUUUUCGAUCACGAAUUCGUUCACGUGACCAGUAAAAUCGUUCAAGACAGUUCCCAUUGUCUAGCUAGCCUCCAAGGCGAGAGGAUCUAUGUGAUGGAUAAUACAACCGUUCAUUAUUAUCGGUUCCGAGAGAAGAGAUUAAGUUUUGAGGACAAAUUUGACUUAACUGGCAUGCACUACGAUAUUUGCAGUAAUGGUGUAAUUUUGUGUCUAACAAAACUUACUUCUUUGGAAUUCAAAGAUCAUAAUUUUAACACGUUGAAUACUGUCAAUUUUAAAUCUACUCUUGGAUAUGCUCCUGAUCAUAUUGCAUUUGACCAGGACAACAAUUUAGUGUUCUUCAACGGCGAUUCAAAAUAUGUCGUCUGCUGUGACAAAUUUCAGGAGGAAAACUGGCGGGUGAAUGACGUAGACACUUGCGUUGGAAUUCAAAGAUAUGGAAAUGGCUGGAUGUUUGUUGGAAACAGAGAAUUAACGUUUGUAGACAGAGGAGGAAAAACGUUUGUCCACCGCUUAAAGGAACCGGAGCUAGAGGAAUGUAUUUGUAUAGUUGUUGACGUUGAAAGACGCAAGCUGUAUUUGUCGGACCGUACCUAUGUUUAUGAGUAUGAUAUAUGUACAUCUACUUAAAAAAAUAAAGCUUCA